GAGAGAGAGAGAGGGAUGGCCGGCGCCAAUGCCUCCGCCUCGCCGGGGAGGGUGCUGGGGCUGCCGGCCGACGCAGGAGGAGGGAACGCCAACGCCGAGGACCAGACUCGGAUCGUGAGACUAAAGAUCAUCGCUGGAAUUGACUUGGCCAAGAAGGACCUCUUAGGAGCAAGCGAUCCGUAUGUGAAAGUGACGGUCUACGAUUCGGGAAAUGGAGUCCUGACAUGUGUCCAAACAAGAACGGUUAGGAAGACCUUGAAUCCCAAGUGGAACGAAGAGUUCUUCUUCCGAGUCAGUCCACAGAAACACCGGUUUCUCCUUGAAGUGUUUGAUGAAAACAGACUGACCAGAGAUGACUUCCUUGGCCAGGUAGAUGUGCCGCUCAGCCACCUGCCGACGGAGGACCCGUCCAGAGAGAGACCGUACACCUUUAAGGACUUCCUCCUUCAUCCAAGGAGCCACAAGUCCCGCGUGAAGGGGCACCUCCGGUUGAAAAUGACUUACCUGCCUCAACCCAACGGGCCGGAAGAAGAAGGGGCGGAGCAGGCCGAAGAGCCGGAGCCUGGCUGGAUCGUGCUGGACCAACCGGGGGGCGGCCCUCGCCCUUUGCCGGAGCCGGAGGCCUCUCUGCCGGACGGGUGGGAGGAGCGGCAGGACGUCCUGGGAAGGACCUACUACGUCAACCACGACUCCAGGAGGACCCAGUGGACCCGGCCCACCGCCCAGGACCCCCGCCUGGACGCCGAGAGCGGCCGCCUGCAGCUGGAGGUCCAGCAGGCCUUGACCCACCGGCACCAGAUCACGGAGGAGGAGGCCGAGACCCCCGACUGCCGGGAGUCCCCCGAGAGCUGGGAGAUCAUCACCGAGGACGAGGCCACCAUGUACAGCAACCCGGCAUCCGCCGUCCCGCAGGGCAGCUCCGGAGCAGAGGCCCACCUGGCCGAGGACGUCAACGCCCGGCUGAGCCUCUCUGGAGUUCCCGCACCUUCCGCCGCUAAUGACCUCGGCAGAAGAGGGAGCCCCCAGCGUUUCCAUCUGGAGGAGCAGCCGGCUCUCCCUGUGUUGUUGCCGACUUCCUUGGGCCUCCCUCCCGGAUGGGAAGUCAGGAAGGACGAGAAGGGGCGGCCUUACUACAUCGACCACAAUUCCCAGAGGACCACCUGGAAGAGGCCAGCGCCGGCACAGGCAGCAACAGAGACCGGUCAGCAGGACGGGGUGGCCCCCGCUCCCUCCGCCAGGCAGCCCCCACCCUCGGAGCCCGCCUCACAGCAGCCCUUGCCCACCCAGGCAGCCUCCGAGGCCGGGCAGGGCUUCCUCCCCAAGGGCUGGGAGGUCCGCCACGCGCCCAGCGGGAGGCCCUUCUUCAUCGACCACAACACCAAGACCACCACUUGGGAUGACCCCCGACUCAAAAUCCCAGCCCACGUGAGAAGGAAGACCUCUCUCGAUCCCGCCGACCUCGGUCCUUUGCCGCCCGGCUGGGAGGAGAGGGCGCACACCGACGGAAGGGUCUUCUACAUCAAUCACAACACCAAGAAGACUCAGUGGGAGGAUCCCCGCUUGCAGAACAUCGCCAUCACUGGACCAGCUGUGCCUUACUCCAGAGACUACAAACGGAAGUAUGAAUUCUUCAGGAAAAAGCUGAAAAAGCAAAGCGACGUUCCCAGUAAGUUUGAGAUGAAGCUGCACCGCUCGGCCAUCUUUGAGGACUCCUACCGGCGUAUCUCUGCGGUGAAGAAGCCCGAGCAGCUCAAGGCCCGGCUUUGGAUCGAGUUUGACGGGGAGAAGGGCCUGGACUACGGCGGGGUGGCCCGGGAGUGGUUCUUCCUCCUCUCCAAGGAGAUGUUCAACCCCUACUACGGGCUCUUUGAGUAUUCGGCCACGGACAACUACACCCUGCAGAUCAACCCCAACUCCGGCCUCUGCAACGAGGACCACCUCUCCUACUUCAGGUUCAUCGGCCGCGUGGCCGGCAUGGCCGUCUUCCACGGGAAGCUCUUGGACGGUUUCUUCAUCCGGCCUUUCUACAAAAUGAUGCUGCAGAAGCCCAUCACUCUUCACGACAUGGAGUCCGUGGACAGUGAAUACUACAGUUCCCUGAUGUGGAUCCUUGAAAACGACCCUGCGGAGCUGGACCUCCGGUUCACGGUGGACGAAGAGCUAUUUGGCCAGACGCACCAGCACGACUUGAAGAGCGGAGGCUCCGAGGAGGUGGUCACCAACGCCAACAAGCAGGAAUACAUCCACCUUGUGAUCCAGUGGCGCUUUGUGAACAGGAUACAGAAACAGAUGGCUUCCUUCAAAGAGGGCUUUUUUGAACUCAUCCCGCAGGACUUGAUCAAGAUCUUUGACGAAAACGAACUGGAGCUGCUGAUGUGCGGCCUGGGCGACGUGGACGUGAACGACUGGCGGGAGCACACCAAGUACAAGGGCGGCUACAACGCCAACCACACCGUGAUCCAGUGGUUCUGGAAGGCGGUGCUGCUGAUGGACUCGGAAAAGCGCAUCCGGCUGCUCCAAUUUGUGACGGGGACGUCACGGCUGCCCAUGAACGGCUUUGCCGAGUUGUACGGUUCAAAUGGACCGCAGCUGUUCACCAUUGAGCAGUGGGGCUCCCCAGACAAGCUGCCCAGGGCUCACACGUGCUUCAACCGCCUGGACCUUCCUGCCUACGAGUCCUUUGAAGACCUGUGGGACCGGCUGCACUUGGCCAUUGAGAACGCGCAGGGCUUUGACGGCGUGGACUGACCCCGGGCGCAGCCUAUUUACCAAGACUUUGACAAGUAUUAUUACGGGACUGCAAGUCGUGCAUUUCAAGACGGGCCUUUGCAUAUCCGCUCUGGGGCCUUUGGGAACUACUGAAAGUGGAAGCUGUGAAGGAGCAGAGCUGCCUCUCUCUCUCUCUCUCUCUCUCUCUGGGUCUCUUCUCUUCCGAGGAACGCCAUUGGAGCCUUGCUCUGGCUCCUUCCUCCAGACCUUCCAAAGCACCUUACUUACUCUUUGUAUGUCUGUAUUCCUAGUAACACCUCCAGAUGUUUCCACCUCCUCAGAGGAUCUCUCCAGAAUGUACCCCAGUGCCAUGAUGCACCUCGUGGGCACCCCCUUUCCCAGAAAGUCGACUCCAAGGAGAUCAUUUGUGUAUUAUUUUUGGUUCAAAUGUGCAUUUUUUAUCCCCCCCCCCCACACACUUUUCAGCAAACUAGGUUU